UAUUCUUUUCUAUUAAGGCAAAUUUAUAAUAUUUUCGCUGUCUUCACUUCGGUCUUUUGUCUAUUAGAAGUCGGACAUACAGUAAUUACGAAGAUGAAGUGGAUGUUUGGACUUAUUAUUGUCUUAUUUGCGCCAUCCAUUGUUUUAUCCCAAGUAAUAACAUGUCACAGAUGCUUCGGAAAUACGUACUGUAACAAUGCCAGUCAUCCAGAUUUUCAAGCGAACAUCAGAGUUGCAGGCUGUGGUACCUUACUAAGUACCAACAAUGUUGAAACGGAAAAUGAAGCCAAACUGAGAGCGAUAGAAAAGAAGAUCAAUCCAGGGAUAUCUACUAUGAUUGAUGGGGUCUAUCACCAGUGUAUUACUGCAACAGUUUUUGAAGAUACCUUUGAUAGAACAUCACUACAAGACAUGGGUGGCACUACAAUUUUAUUGUUUGUAGUUACAUUGUUGCUUCUCCUAGCACAAGGUGAAGCUUACAACUUCUACUACAUCACAGAAAGCAAAAGAGGUGGAGAGUACUACAGUACAGCACCAUACCAGAACUUUACUUCAAUAAUAUCUGUUGGAUUUGCUGUAGCUCUAUGGAUGCUCAAAGACAAGAUUAUUGGUUAGGUUUGCUCAGUGGCUUACACAUUUAUCUCAUGAUCUUUUGAACUCUCGUUGGACUAACAUGUUGUGACCGACUCCCGUGCAUACGCCACUGAGCUUCCUUGUUUUAAAAUAUGAAUAAAAAAAAACGGCGUCAGCGAUGGCUAUGACAUGAAAAUUGCAUGUAACAUUAUAAUAUAGGGAAUAUCAUCGAUGUUAAUUUCCAAAGCUAACUGGACGCCGUUUUUUUUUUGGAUCAUAUGGUUCAUAGAUAUAAGUAUUUCUAUGAUACUUCUAUAACAAAAUCUACUUGUUUUGUUUAAUUUCAAUAAAUAUGAUAUUAAAAAUUAAGGAAUAACUGUAUUAUUAUUAUUAGAUAUCAUUUUCUCUUGAUGUUCUAGUUUUUACCAUUAUCGUUAUAUUUUAUAGACAGAAGACUGUAAUACUAGACUUAUUUAAAGCAAUGCAUGUAUGAUGUAUUAAAUGUUAUAUUAUUUUGUAAGAUAUUUUUAUGUUUGUAUUAAAAAUAAAAUGUAUUUGUUUUCCCCUUGUAGUUUUAGGGAUAUAUUGUGUUCAGAAAAUAUGCUCUAGUCAUAAAUAAAUCUUAGUUUUAUGUA